GUCUGCUUUCCGAAAUGAACAAUGAAAUAAUAAAAAUAGUAAAUGUAAAAUCCCCAAAUUUGAACGAGUUAAUUCGAAAUAAAUUUACAAAAAUGCCGGCAAAGGAGGAAAAUAUCGAAAAUUAUUUAAUUAAAAAUUUAAAGGAAAGUAAUGGGGAAUAUGAGGAGAUACCUCAAUUUGAAGGCUAUGAGGAGAAUAAUAGAGAGCCUGACGGAAGAAAAGAUUCUGGAAAGGAAGAAAAAAUUGGAAAUAGUCUUACUAAUGUUGGAAAGAGGUACUUUUCCGUUAUGACGUAA